AUGAAACACAACAGACGUCAACAAGAAAUACAAACACUCAGAACCGAAAUAAAUGAUGUCACAAAGCAGUAUAAAAGAGCAAAUGAGGAGGAAAAAGAAGGAUUGAAUGAGUUAAGAUCAAUACUGAGGGAAAGAAGAAACAAUCUACAAAGAGCAGACAGAAUCAGAAAAGCAAGGAGAGAAAGAGGGAAGAAGAGAGCAAUGUUUGUUGCCAACCCCUACAAGUUUACCAAAGCAACACUGGACGGAACAAAGGCGGGUUCAGUAAAAAGCACGAAAGAGGAAGUGGAAAAACAUCUAUCAGAGACACACAGCGACAAAAGGCAGUGGGAACAUCUAGGUAACUGCGAUAGGAUAGAAAAUGUACAAGAACCAGAAAUACCAAUGAACACUAAGGAACCAUCAUGGAAAGAAGUGUCAGAUGUAGUGAAGAAAGCCAGGUCAGCAUCAUCACCAGGACCAAAUGGCAUCCCGUACAAGGUAUAUAAGAAGUGCCCAAAAAUUUUGAAACACCUGUGGAGGCUACUGAAAGUAGUUUGGAGGAAAGGGAAGAUACCAUCAUGUUGGCAGAAAGCAGAGGGGUGUUUUAUUCCAAAAGAAGAAAAAUCGGAGGACAUCACACAAUUUCGGACAAUUUCCCUCCUAAAUGUAGAAGGAAAGAUCUUCUUCUCUAUUAUGGCUAGAAGGAUGACAUCAUAUAUGACAGAUAACAACUAUGUAGACACUUCAGUACAGAAGGGCGGAAUACCAGGUUUCUCAGGAUGUAUUGAACAUACAAGCAUCAUUUCACAACUUAUUCAAGAGGCCAAAGUGAACAAGAAAGAUCUGACAGUAGUAUGGCUAGAUUUGGCCAAUGCCUAUGGUACUGUUCCUCACAUGCUGAUACAACAAUCACUAGAUCAUUACCAUAUUCCCGACCACUUUAAGAAAGUGAUAAGAAGUUAUCUCAGUGGGAUUGAGCUGCGAUUUACAACAAGCACAUUUACAACAACAUGGCAGAAACUACAAAAAGGAAUAGUUACUGGAUGUACCAUCUCAGUUAUCUUGUUUGUCAUGGGAAUGAAUAUGAUUAUUAAAUCUGGUGAGAGAGAAACUAGAGGCCCGAAAACAUCAACUGACAUCAGGCAACCACCAAAUAGAGGGUUCAUGGACGACUUAACCAUCACUACAUAUACCCAUGUCCAGGCUAGAUGGGUGUUAAAGGCCUUGGAAGAGACAGUAACAUGGGCAAGGAUGUCUUUCAAGCCAAAGAAGUCUAGAGCUCUAAUUAUAAGGAAAGGGAAGAGAACACACCAAGUCGAACUGAAGGUGCAAGGAGAAGUCAUUCCUUCAAUAAUAGACAAUCCCAUCAAGUGCUUAGGAAAAUGGUAUGAUGACUCUCUAAGUGACAAAAACAAUAUCAAGAGAAUAGAACAACAGGUUUCAGAGGGAAUGAGGAACAUCGACAAGACAGGUCUACCAGGGAAAUUAAAGGCAUGGAUAUACCAACAUGGACUCCUGCCAAGGAUAUCAUGGCCACUUAUGCUGUACGAAAUAACGUUGAAACAGUUGAGAAGCUUGAAAGAACCAUCAACAGACAUCUAA